AUGCGUGUGUUUCAGGUGCAUGGAAGAAUACCCUUAUUGUCGGGACAACUAUUGUGCACCACUCAACCUCUGAUGCAACAAGCGAAUGGAAGUCUCUUAACUUUAUCGGGAUUUCCUCCAUACCAGUCACCGCAUAAUUCGUCACUAGAAGGUCCAUGCGGAACCAAAAACUCGGCACCAAACAGUCCCUCAGCUGAUACUCUGAAAACGUCAUUAUGCGAAGUAAAUUUGGAGGACGUCCCAAUGGAACUUGUUACCUCUGAGGAAGACUGUAAAUCUGAGUAUACUGACACUUCCCUAUCAACAUGCACUGAUUCCGUGGACGAUUCAGUUGUUGAGCAACGUACUACAGAAUUGGAUGAAAUCGAACUCAGAAGUCGCGCCCUAAGGAGUAUGCUUUUACAGAAGAAAACUACCACAAUAGAUGCAGCACAAUCAAAACCUGAAAUUCUAUCUAGUCAUGAUGUAUCCACGAUCAAGUAUGAUCAUUCGAAAGUUGAGAUAUCAUGUGACUCAACUGCAAGACAAAGACAAAAAUUUGUGAUAACUUUGAAUGAUUCGUCUGAUAGUGAUGACUCACUUACUUACUCUGUCGGGGCUGUUUUUAAGGGUACAAAAGCCAAUAAUUCUGCAAAUGAAUCCUCUAAUGUUGUAAACGCUAGUAAUAACUCAUCAAAAAUUAGUCGUUUUCACCAAGAAGAGAAAUUGUUGUUAGAACGUAGAAUGGAGCUGCUCAGAUUUAAAUUAACAGUUAGGCGACAACAGCAUUUAAUUGAUGAGCGACGUAAAAUCGUUCGAAAAUUGUCAACUACCUUGUCAGAACUUCGUAAGCGUAUCAAAGCUACCACUUCGUUGUACAAAGAAGCUAAUAAGUCUCUACAGAAAGCUCAGCGUACAAAUGCCGCUUACCAAAGGAGACUGGCCACAGCCCAAAAGUUAUAUUCUGAUGCGCUUAACUCCGUAAAUCGUUCUACUGCUGAUGUAAUUAAAACAGGCUUUGCGCUUUCUUCUGUGAAUUUGCGCAGAGAUCUCAUUGUUCUGUCCCUCGAUGUCCUACAAAGAGCCAAAGUUGUCACGUGGUUUCUUGCACACUACAGGCUCGACUCGACAGCUAUAAAAUGCAAUAUAGAAUGUGUUAAACCAUCUUCUGAAUCAAAAAAUGAACCAGAGACUCCUAAUGUGCUUGAUCCAUUUCGACCAGUAUGCCCAUUUUUUCUAAAUGGUGAAUGCUUAGAUAAAACAUGCAUAUAUCAACACUUCCAAAGUUCAACUAAUCAACCUAAAGCCAAAUCAAACAGUUAUCCACGUUUACCUACAAAAGGAGGCUUGGUUUCUCCAAUAUUUGAUUAUGAGCAAAGAGGGAAGUAUGAUGAUAAACUUUUUUGUGAAUUGUGUGGCGAAAAUCUGGUCACAUCUUCAUCUGAUUCUUGUCAGACACCAGCAUUACAACGUUGGCAUACGACUUAUCUAGCCUACUUGUGUUCAAAAACAAAAAAACAAUUCUAUGAUAAAUUAUUUAGUGACUUCAAGGAAUGCAAUGCAGAUUUAUGUGCACACUUGAUAUUCGGACUUCUGCUGAAUCCCAGCUCAGAUAAAUUACCGGUUGAAGACAAAAUUGUUAACUGUUUGAAAUCAUCUGAUUUCCCUUUAGACGCCCUCAAGACAGUAUUACGGCAUCCUCGUAUUAGUAUACCUAUUCGAAAGUCAAUUAUGAAGACUUCUACCGAAUACUUAGUUUUGCAAUUUCAGCAAGACGACAAUCAGAGCUCAAAUAUCGAGUCAUCUUUCAUAUACCUCAUUUAUCAGAGAUGCCUUCUUGAACAAGAAGUUGGUUCACUUGAUAAAGUGGGGAUCAUAUUAAUAGAUAUUUUACAGGCGCUACCUAAAGAGAGCAAACUUAUCUUUGUAUUGUGGUGGUUGCGUUUACAUCACCAAUUGAUUGGUGUCUUGCCCCCGGAAAAUCUAUCAUCCACUGCGAAUAUGCCAUACUUCUCCAAAUCAGUUCUCUUAUCCAGUCAGGAGUUAAUUGAAGCAGCAGUCAUUGAAACGGGUAUUUCCGAAAACUUAUCCAAAUUGUUAGAAUUAUUUUCAAGCAACAGCAGUAGUAGUACUAUAUUCACCUGCUUUCUUUCUGUUGUCCAUCUGUAUAUACAAACUCUAAAUGCGAAUUCCAAAUUUAAAGUUGCCGCAGAUACAGCGCUUUCUGUAGCUUUGUUCUCUACUGACUAUGUAGAUGAUUUAUUCUUCCCGUCUGCAGUAUAUUCUCUAUUCUGUUUGGAUUCUUCUCUUGAUUGGACAGCGAUGAUUGCUAGUAUACCUGAUAAAUUAAGGGUGAAUAUUAAGUUGGAGCACCGCAUAGAAUUUGGAUUCUUGUUAACAUGUCUGAAUUGGCGUAAAAAACCAUUGGGCUCUAUGGAAUCUCAUCUUAUUGAAUGUUUAGGCAACUUAAUUUUUCUUCCUAAAGAUGACAAUGAAAGUAUUAUUUCGGCGUAUAAAGAUUUGUUGAACAUAGCACCUAUUGACACUAGUGUGAACAAUCUUGAGCUCGGUCCACGAAGUUCUACGUAUUUGUGGCUUAGCUAUUCUUUGUAUAUUUUUCUACAUUCCCUAGAUUAUCGUGCAGCUAUGGACCAACUAUUGGUGCACUACAAAUCAUGCCUUGAAACCUGGGGAAAUGAAGCCAGAAAUCAUACUUUCAUUCGUCUGUUAGCUUUAAUGAUUAUAUUUUUGGCGAAUCACUUAAAUCAAAGUGAUAAUUUGACCUACUUUAAUAUAAUAAGGUCACUAUUUAUAGAUAAUCCUUUACAACUAAAUCGUCAGGUGCUUCCAACUUACUUUUUUGAGUUGGUUCAACAAAUUAAUGUAGGUAUUCUUCCCCCUGGAAUCCGUAGUGAUAUGUGUGUGCAGCUUGUCGAAACAUAUGGUUCACGUCUGGUCCCUUCAUUAUGUAGAACUUUGUGUGCUGUAGGUGAUCAUUUCUUGGCUCAAAGCUUAUGUGCGAUUGGAUGUCUAGACAAACCUGACGACGAAGACUUUUGGCUUUUAUAUGCAUCCAUUUCAUUUAAUACCCUAUCUCGUACGAAGUCAUCUGAACAACUAUCAACUCUUUUGGAAAUUCUGACAAAAGCGACCACAAUAGUAACUUCUAGCUGUCGUCUAUGGAAAUAUUAUGCGCUUGCUGUUCGGAUUGCAAAUGUUUCCGUAGGACCAAUAACGAAUCGUGCCAAAUCUGCUGGGAUGUACGAGCAGCUGGAUUUCUGUGCAGUGAAAAAUCUGACAAGAAAAAGUUCAAUUAAACAUCGAAAGUAA